CGCUGUAAUCAUAGAAACUGUUUCCGAGCUAUUUCAAAACGAUGGCCUUGAAUGACCAAAAUAAAAAAUUUUACUUCAAAGAGAAAGAAAUAAAAGAUGUUGGACCCUCAGUAGAUUCAGACGAUAUCGAACAAAGGAUUGCCGCUCGACGCCUAAGAAUACAAAACAGGUUGGAGCGCUUAAGGCAAGUUCAUCAUAUAUAAUAAUUCUUUUACGAUGAAAAUAGAGGCGACGUUCACUCGAAUGAAAAUAAGUCAAGCAAAAAGGAGAUUGGGUUGGGGAGAUCUCAGAUCGAUCUGAGUAGUAAAAGGAUAUCCAAACUUAUUAGUGAUGGAGACGCUUUUAUAACUAACAUUCGGGUUGCAUGUGAUGCACGUGAAUACUUCAAAAGAACUGAAGACCAUGAACUUAAUCAUAACAGAAUUCGCGUUUUAGAAGACGAAGCAACGAGAAGCCUAGAAGUAUUCAAUAAAAUAACAGAACAAUGGGAAAAGGCGCAGGAAAGUGAAUUAUUAGAUGAAACAAAAGAGAUGUUAGACAAACAAAACACGUUGUGCAAAGACCUUAUAGCUGAGAAAAAUAAGCUGAUUAAUGAACUGAAUUUAGAAAUUAAAGCUAAAGAUGAUCAUUAUGUAAGAGAAUUAAAGAAACGCACAGAUGAUAUUGAUUUAUUAGCCGAACGAAUGGAAUCACAAAUUAAAGCUAUUCAAAGAACCUAUCGAGAAGAACUAAUUGCCAUUGAAAAUGCAUUUGUAGAUCAAAGAGAAAAAUUAACUAGUGAACAAAAUGCUGAAUGGGGAAUAUUGAUGAAUGAAAUCAAACAGAAACAAACUAAUUAUUUAAAACAACGUGAAGAUCAGGCUAUUGAAUAUGAGAAAGAACUUUAUGAUCUACGCACUAAAUAUUCAGAAGAGUACAAUGCACUGAAAAUAUCAUUGGGCGCUGAAGUCGAGACAUUUGAAAGUCAUUUACAAAAAUUAAAAUCUACAUAUCAAUUGAAUUUAGAAAAAUUAGAUUAUAAUUAUCAAGUUUUAAAACGACGUGAUGAAGAGAAUACAGUGCUUAAAUCAAAUCAAAAGAGAAGAAUUACACGUCUACAAGAUACAUUGAAUAAUUUACGUAUAAAAUCAACUAAACAAGAACAACAAUACAAAGUAGAAAAUGAACAGUUAUCUGAAGAUUAUAAAAGAAGAAUGGAAAAUUAUAGUGAUUUACAAAAGAAAUCAAAAUUGUUAAUAGAAAGUGUACAACGAAAUUUUCAUGAUAUUUGGAUAAUGAAUGAAGAGAAUUUGAAACAAUUAGGUAAUCGUCUUUUGGAAGCACAUCGAAUUAUUACUGAACAACAACUUGGCUUAACAUGGAAUCCACCAGAUAUAUCAUUCAUGGAAAAUGUAGGUCCAGUGAAACAGAUCACCAAUAUACCUCCAGCUAUAAUUGCAAUGGAAUUAGCCUUACAAUCUGACAAGAAAAACUUUCCAGAUUCACAGAAUGUAACCUCAGAAAAUAAAAUACCUACAACAUUGAAAGAAGUUUCAUCAAAAACUGUAAAAGAAUUUUUGCACUUACUGUGUUAUGAGCCUGAAUUUUUAAUUGAUGAAAACAUAAAACGUUUGUUAGAACCGUUAGGAUAUGAAGAAGGGUUACUUCUACGUCUAGAUACAAUACUAACGGUUUUAGGUGUACAAACAGAAGAAGAUUUAAAUAUGUUAUUUACAUAUUUUGUCGAACAACAAAAAGAUAAUAAAUCUCAGCUUAAACGUGUACCUUCAACAACCAUUGAAGAAUUAAGUGAAUCUGUUCAGAAAUCCCCAUCGAAAUAUACCAGCUCACAAAGUUUACAAGAAUCAUCUGAUAAAAUGAAUGAAACUGUUAAUUUUAUACAAGAUGAAAGUAAUAAAGUUGAAUUAACUGUUAAUGGAAAAUGUUCAAUAAAGAUUGAUCAUUCAAAUGAUGAAAUAAAAGCUGAUGAAUCAUCCAUAUCUCAUGAAACUAAAAAAUCUUCAUACAAAUGGAAUUUAAUUUCACCGGUACAUGUGAUUGAUGCAAUAUAUCAAUUUACUGAAGAUAUUCAUAGAUGUAAACAUUCAAAGGAUAAAAAUAACAUCGAUAAUCAUAAUGAUGGUGAUGAUGAUGAUAAUAAGAACAAUAAAAGUACAAAAUCUACAGAAACUUUUAUUCAAUUAAAUCAUAAAUUCAAAAAUAAUUUACCAUUAAUUACAAUGAAAAAUUUAUCAUCAUUAAAUAAUAUUGAAAUCAGUAAAACAUCAUUUAAUUUUAAUAAAAUUAAUACAUUUGAUGAUUAUAGAAUUCGUGAUGAUUCAAAUGAUUUAAUCUAUUGGAAUAAAUAUAAACAGAACAUAGUCACUGAAGAAUGGGAAGAUAUAUGGAAUAAUUUAUAUCUAGCAUCAGAAAAAUAUUACAAUGUAUUGAAACAUCGAGCCAAAUUAAUACAUGAUACAGAUAGUUUAAGAAAACAAAAUGCUGAACUACGACAUUUAUUACAACAAUAUAUGAAUUCCAAGGUCAAUUAUGAAUUACAAAUUCCACCAUCAAAAAUUAUGUCCUUCAUUUGAAACUGGUAUUUAUUUGUGUGUGUGUGUGUGUGUGUGUGCGCAUAUGUAUCGUAUAAACAAUACAGAUUUAUCAUUUUGGUUUCUUUAAAUGGAAGUAUUGAAUAAGUAAAUAAACCUAUUUCAUAAAUAUGAAUCCAUUUUCUUUUUAUGAUGAUUUCAUUUAUUCAAAUUGUAUAAUUUUAUUGAUAGUUAAUCUUAUAGAGGAAAACCCUUUUAAAAUCAACUUACCAUAAUUUUACCUUUUUUUCCCCCCUCAUAUUAUCAAGUAUAUUUGAGAAAUAGAAAUUUAAAAAUUGCCAUAAUUCUCGAUAAUAAUAAUAAUCAUCAUCAUAAGUGUACUCAUUCUGUUCAGUUUAUUUCUAAAUGAAACAUUGAAACAUUGAAUUUUUGUUAGGUAUAAUUGAUUUAUCUAAGUGUAUUCAAGAUAAGAAGAAACAUUGUAAAUUAUUCUACUCAUAUUGUUAUUAAUGAUAUCGAUAAUAUAGAACAUAUUUACUUUUUUAGUGUUUCAUUUCGUGUAUUUAAUUUAAUUGAUUUCAUUAAAUGUAACAUAUAAAAUGUAU